CACCGGCGGCAGCCACGGCCACAGCGUGACCAAAGGUCACCUGCGCCGCCCCGGCAGCGCCGCCGCCAUGCCCAUGUGCGGAACUGAUUCCUCCUUCGCCGGGAGGGGAAGCGCGGGGUGAGUGCCGAGGAGCGUGAGCAGGGCCCUGCUGGGGACAGCCCUGCGGGGGCAGCUCCGCGAGAGGCACCGCCAUGGCCCGGCAGGAGCGGGAGAAGAGCGUGGCGGAGCAGAAGGUAGCUGGCAUCUCCCGGAGGUUCUCCUUCCUGGAUGCCGCCCAGCCCCGAGCGGGCGGCCUGGCCCGCAGCUCCCAUCUCUGGUCAGCCACCCUGGGGAGCAGGGAGCGUUUCCAUACGCUGCAGAAGAUGGACACCAACAAAAGCAUCAACUGGGGCAGGCACAGCCUGGGGAGCUGGGGCAGGACUUCAGGCAGGUUCUCCGCUAGCCCCAGCAGUACCCGGAGGAAGGAGCUGAAAGAAAUCCUCCUGCAGAGCAACAGCCCUGGCAGCACUAUGAGGUUUGCCGCUGUUCAGCAGACAUCUAGAAGGAGCAGUCUUCCUGCAGGGCUGCACCAAGAAGAGAAGCCUGAGCAGAGCCCUGAUCUGCUGCCCCUUGUCCUUGAUCCUCUGGAGCACGCAUGGCUGCUGACGGUGGCUGAGGGUGAUGCAGACAGCAUCAUCAAGCUGCUGGACCUGGAUCCCAGCCUGCUGACCAGGAGAGACUUUGUGACAGGGUUCACUGCUCUCCACUGGCUUGCCAAGCAUGGCCACCAUGAGAGCUUCAUCCAGGUCAUCUCCCAUGCCCAGAAGAAAGGCUAUCCUGUCAACAUGAACAUCCCCACAGCCAGUGGUGGGCUCACCCCUUUGCACCUGGCUGCCUUGCAAGGACACGAGGUGCUCAUCAAGUUGCUGGUGGGAGCUUAUGGGGCAGACACCACCUGCAGGGACCACAAUGGGCGCAAGGCUUGGCAAUACCUGCCGGCAGACACCUCCAGAGACCUGAAGGAGCUGGCAGGGGCCUUGGAGGAGGACUUGGUCCAGCUGCACUCUCACAACACCAACAACAACUGUAAGUCAUCCAGAGAGGCUGCGGCAGGGCAGGACUCUGUGGACUCUGGGGCCAAGGGAAAAGCCGAGCACUCCUGGAGCCUGUCGACCCUCCGAGGCUUUGUUAGACAGGCGUUUGCUUUCUUCCAUGAGCACUGAGGCUCUCCUGGCUCCAUUCACCAGUAAACCCAUGCUGGAUGGCAGCAGGAAAAGCGUGCAGGGAGCCGGGAACUUGGGUGCCCAAAAUCCUGGCCAAGUGAGGGUUAAGCCAUGGCACCAUGGCCAUCCUAGGUCUUGUGGUCUUUUAGAGCUGUUCUGGUGUGUGUGUGUGGAACACCAUGGCCACUGGGAGCAGUAGCUUGGGAGAGCCCUUCCAAAAACUGCAGAGGGGGUUAUGCCCCAUGCCCCCGUGGGUGGUGACUCCUUGUUGCAUCCCAGCAGAUCCCUGUGGUCGGGGCUCACAUAUCAGCUCUGCUCUGGGGAACUGCUCCAACACCUCAUGUGCUCACAGGAGACCCACCAUGUGUGGAUCUGCAAACGCUUUCCAGCUCCCUGUGAGAUCCCCUGAUCUCUGCCACAUGCACCUUCUCUGGGUUGAUAUUUGUUUAUGACAGCUUAUUAUAAAGCUGAUUCUCUGCAGAGUAAGAGCUAAGGGACCUGUUUGUGAAGAAGACUCCAGGCCAAGAGAAGAGAAGCCUUUCACUCACAGUGGCACCCUUCCCUUGAAAUCCCCAUCCCUGAAAUGGGAUUUCAGGAAUUCCUGAAUUCCUUCAGGAAACCUGAAAUGCUCAGCCUCUUUAGGAAUAGGGGCCAGAGCAAAGGAAGCAGGAAGGGACACAAAGGGGGCAGCAUGUAGUGGCUCCUGUGGGGAUUAGAGUUCCAGAACAGCUCUGGAAAGAUGAUUCAUUCUCAGAAACUGUGGAAAAGGUAUGUGAAGGCUGCGAGACGAGAUUAUCUUUAUUGCUACUGAGGGCAUGCUCAAAAAUGAAACUCAUGAACAUCACUGCAGCAACAUUACAGUGCAUGUAUGUCUCUGUCACUACAUUAAAAGGGCAAAGCCUCUGCUCGCCUGAUUGUGUUUUGUUCACCUAGUGGAGCUCUGCCCUAAUGAUUUCAACUUGCUUUUUACGUUCUCAAAGGCCAAGACUGCUUCAAAAUAUCUUCAGAAAAACAACAGCCCCUUCCUCUUUCUCAUCAGCAUGAGACUAUUCCUACACCCUUAAAUAGCAGUCCCAUUUGAGAAGUGCUUCUUCACAGAAGCACUGUGUCUGUUCUUCACAGACAGGAACCGGGAGUUUCUGUUCCCCAGAGCAGCCCUUGCAGGGACAACUCCUUUAGGAGGGCAGUUGUGGUUUCUUUCCAGCUGCCUUUCAGGGAGUCUGCAGGGGUGACCAAGGGACUCAAGGUGAUCUGGCCUGGCUACACAGGUGUAUUUGCAUCUUGAUGCAGAAAGAUACACAAACACACACGGGUAACUUUCUCUGGCGAACUAGAGCUGAGGGGUUUCACAGAUCCUAAGCAAACUCCAGUUAUAUUCAGACUAUGUUUUGAAAUGCUGCUUGGACACCAAAA